UGGCGGACAUGGGCGGACAUGGUCGAUAAUUUUCAAGCGAAAGCUCUCAACACGCGGCUGCGAGUGCCACUGCUGUACGGAGUAGAUGCAGUGCAUGGGCACAACAACGUGUUGGGGGCGACUAUUUUCCCCCACCACGUGGGGCUGGGGGCGGCUGGGGAUGCCACGCUUGUAGAGGCCAUUGCUGCUGCUGUGGCCAAGGAAGUGGCAGCAACGGGAGUGCGGUGGACCUUUGCCCCAGCAGUCACUGUGUGCCUCGACCCUCGCUGGGGCCGCUGCUAUGAGAGCUACGGAGCGAACCCAGGGCUUGUAACAGAGCUUGCUAUAGCGGAGAUACGUGGAUGGAUGAAAGUGCCUCCCGAGGCGGGGAACUUUCCAGGAAACGUCUUCAUGGCGCCAACAGCAAAGCACUAUGUGGGGGACGGGGGCACGAGGGGAGGCGUGGACCGGGGGGAGACGGUUGGGGGGGAGGCGGAGCUGAGGAAGGUGCAUCUGCUGCCGUAUGUGGCGGCUGUAGCGGAGGGUGUGUCCACGAUCAUGGCCAGCUACAGCAGUUGGAACGGCACCAAGAUGCAUGGCAAUGGACGUGCUGCGCAGGCAGGGAGCUCGGCGAUGUGGGCUGCAUGGUGUCUGACUGGGAGGCAAACUCAGAUCCUCAGAACCCCCACUCGCUUCACCACCCUCUCACCCUCCAUCCCGCCACUCGUCACCCUCCACCCCUCUCCACCCCUGUCCACCCCUGCACCCCCUCCCCCUUCCAGCUAUCUCUUGACGGACGUGCUUCGCAAGGAGCUGGGCUUUGUGGGCCUCAUGGUCUAUCUCCUAACAGACGUGCUUCGCAAGGAGCUGGGCUUUACAGGCCUCAUGGUGUCUGACUGGGAGGCGCUCAAGGAACUUCCAGGAAGCUACGAGGACCAGGUUGCCCUCGGGGUUGCCCUCGGGGUUGCCCUGGUUGCCGGCCGAGCGGCAAGCCUAACCUAUAUCGGCUACCCGCCUGAAGACGACCGUUAUGAGAACGGGACGAGGAAAAGGCCGCUCGAAGCCACCCGGGAGGCGGCAGCAGCAUGGGCGAAGCGAGCAAGGAGUGUAGAAGCUGACCUUGGGAUUAUAGUUGUAGGGGAGCCACCUUAUGCCGAGUACAAGGGGGAUGAUCAGCAGCUGGAGUUGAGCGGCCCUGCCCGGUCGACAAUUUUCGGGAUUUGCGGGCGGAUUCCGUGCGUUGUGGUGGUGGUUUCCGGGCGGCCGCUGAAUGUUACGGGCAUGUUACCGCAUUUGGAUGCGCUAAUAGCCGCGUGGUUACCCGGGUCGGAAGGAGGGGGUGUAGCCGACGUGUUAUUUGAUGAAGUGGUGGAUUUCAAGGGUAAAUUACCCUUGCCGUGGUUCCGUUCGGUCAGGGACUUGCAGCCGGAUCACUCUUGGCCUAACCCGCCUCUGUUCCCCAUGGGGUUUGGGCUGAGUAAGGCUGGUGAGCUGAUUGGUAACAGGGUGGGAGGCGAGGGGCCACCAUAG